AUGGCUGAACAGCAAUCUCUCUCUCAGAAAGUGAUGGCUGAACAGCAAGCCCUCACCACAACAGUGAGAAAUUUGGAGCGUCAAAUGGGACAGCUUGCUAGUGCUCAAAACACUAGACCAGCGGGAGCUCUUCCAAGUGACACUGAAGCCAAUCCUAGGGCGGCCCUUAAUGCUGUGUCGUUGAGGAAUGGGAGACAACUAGAGGAGGUUCUAUCUAAAAAGAGGAAACAGGUGACUUUUAAUGACAGGCCAACCACUGUAGAAUCAACAUCAGAGAAAGCCAAGGAGCCAGAGAAACCGGCUAGAGAGGCGGUGGCUGAGCAAUCCCCACAAUUGGUUGCAAGGACACCACCUCCAUUCCCUCAAAGACUGCAGAAAUUGCGAGAUAAUGCCACAUAUAAGAAGUUUCUUGAUAUCUUGAAGCAGGUACAAAUUAAUAUUCCAUUGGUUGACAUCUUACAGGAAGUACCUAAAUAUGCAAAAUACAUCAAGGACAUUGUGGCGAAUAAAAGGAGGCUGACCGAGUUCGAGACUGUGGCACUCACUGAGGAGUGCAGUUCCAGAAUUCAAGGCAAGUUACCUCAGAAAUUGAAGGAUCCAGGUAGUUUCACUAUCCAAAUCACGAUUGGUAAAUAUGCUGUUGGGCGAGCUCUAUGUGACCUUGGAGCAAGCAUAAAUUUGAUGCCGCUAUCUAUAUUCAGACAGUUGGGGUUGGGUGAACCACGCCCAACCACAGUUAUCUUACAGUUAGCUGACCGCUCCCUUGCUCAUCCUGAGGGAGUAAUUGAAGAUGUGCUUGUCCAAGUGGGGUCUUUUAUAUUCCCAGCUGAUUUCAUCAUCCUGGAUUACGAGCCUGAUCAGGAAGUCCCAUUUAUUUUGGGGCGUCCAUUCUUAGCCACGGGCCGAGCUAUUAUUGAUGUUUGUGAAGGAAAGAUGACGAUGAGAGUGGGUGAUCGAGUGGAGGUCUUCAACGUUUAUAGAGCACUCAAGUUACCAGCCCACUAUGAAGAGUUGUCCAUGAUCUCUGUGGUAGAAGGUGAUGCCACGUCGUUAGUACCUUAUAUGAGCCCUGCAGAUCCUGUUGAACGUGUAUUGAUUGGGGACGUAGAAAAUGGUGAAGAUGAAAGGAUGGGAGAAAUUGAGCAAGUGUUGGAUAUGUCCUGCUGUUAUGUACAUGGGGUUAGAAAAUUUGAAGAAUUGGAUAGGCCUGUCACUCUGACCCUCCCCAGGCCAUCUAUUGAAGAGGCUCUGAAGUUAGAACUCAAGCCACUUCCAGCGCAUAUGCGCUAUGCUUAUUUGGGGAACUCAGAGACACUGCCCGUGAUUAUUUCAUCCAGCUUGACCAGCACUCAAGAAGAAAAAUUGCUCAGAGUCCUCCGCAAGCAUAAAAGGGCCAUUGGGUGGACUAUAGCUGACAUCAAGGGCAUUAGUCCAUCGUUUUGCAUGCAUAAAAUCUUUCUAGAGGACGGACACCUCCCCAGUGGUGGAGUGACUGUAGUUGAGAACGAGAAGAAUGAGCUAAUCCCCACUCGCACUGUUACGGGCUGGAGAGUCUGCAUUGAUUAUAGAAGGCUCAAUAAGGCAACUCGCAAGGAUCACUUCCCACUCCCAUUCACCGACCAAAUGCUAGACAGGCUGCUUGAAAAAGAUGUCUCUUUCAAUUUUGAUGAUUCUUGCCUCGACGCAUUUGAGGAACUUAAAAAGAAGUUGGUGACCGCCCCCAUUAUUGUGGCACCUGAUUGGUCUCUACCAUUUGAACUUAUGUGUGAUGCGAGUGACCUUGCUAUUGGGGCAGUGCUAGGCCGGAGGAAGUACAAGAUGUUUUAUUCCAUCUACUAUGCGAGUAAGACUCUUGAUGAUGCACAGCAGAAUUACACCACCACUGAGAAGGAGUUGUUAGCCGUUGUGUGGGCCUUUGAGAAAUUCCGGGCAUACUUGGUGGGAACAAAAGUCAUAGUUCAUACGGACCAUGCAGCAAUCAGGUAUUUGUUUACAAAAAGGGAAUCCAAAGCUCGUUUGAUGCGCUGGGUUUUGUUGCUGCAGGAAUUUGAUGUUGAAAUACGAGAUCGAAAGGGGACAGAGAACCAAGUAGCUGAUCAUCUAUCACGGUUGGAAAAUCAUGAUCACGUGGAGGAGGGUGGCCAAAUUAAAGAAGUGUUCCCUGAUGAGAAACUUUUUGCUAUAACCCAAAACUCUCCCCCAUGGUAUGCAGACUAUGUGAAUUAUCUUGUGAGUGGAGUACUACCCCCCGAAAUCCAAUCUGAAGCUAGAAAGCGGUUCUUACAUGAUGUGAACUUCUAUUACUGGGAUGAGCCCUAUUUGUUCAAGCAAUGUGCUGAUCAGUUGAUGAGGAGAUGCAUUCCUGAAAAAGAGGUGGAAUUAGUGUUGUAUGAUUGUCACGCAUCACCUUAUGGGGGCCAUCAUGGAGGAGAUAGAACAGCUGCAAAGGUGUUACAAUCCGGUCUCUUUUGGCCAACCUUAUUCAAGGAUGCGCAUGCAUUCGUUAAGAAGUGUGACCAAUGUCAGAGAACGGGAACAAUCACAAGGAAGCAUGAGAUGCCUUUGAAAAAUAUUCUAGAAGUUGAGCUUUUUGAUGUGGAGGCAACUGCUUUGCCAACCAAUGAUGCCAUGGUGGUAGCUGUUUUUGUGAAAAAGAACAUAUUCUCGAGAUUUGGGACUCCACGGGCCUUAAUCAGUGAUGAAGGGACUCAUUUUUGCAAUCGAUUGUUGAAUAACCUUCUUGCUAAAUAUGGAGUUCGCCACAAGGUUGCUACAACAUAUCAUCCGCAGACAAGUGGGCAAGCUGAGGUGUCAAACCGAGAAAUCAAGCAAAUAUUAGAGAAGACGGUAAGUGUGAAUAGGAAGGAUUGGGCUGCAAAGUUGGAUGAUGCCCUAUGGGCGUAUAGGACUGCAUAUAAAACACCAAUUGGAGCGUCCCCUUACAAGCUGGUUUAUGGGAAGGCCUGCCACUUGCCCGUUGAGCUCGAACACAAAGCAUAUUGGGCCAUUAAGAAGCUGAACAUGGACCUUGAAGCCGCAGGUGAGAAAAGACUUAUGCAGUUGAAUGAGUUAGACGAGUUCAGGUUGCACUCUUAUGAAAAUGCCAAGCUAUAUAAAGGAAAGACCAAACGAUGGCAUGACAAGCAUAUCAAGCCACGUCACUUUGAGCCAGGCCAACAGGUAUUGUUAUUCAAUUCUAGACUGCGACUGUUCCCUGGGAAGCUAAAGUCGAGAUGGUCAGGUCCUUUUGAGGUGGUGAGAGUCACCCCUUAUGGUGCAAUCGAGCUACGACCUUUAAAUGGCGAGAGGAUAUUCUUAGUGAAUGGUCAUAGAGUCAAGCAUUACUGGGGAGGAAUGAUUGAUCGUGAAAAGACCAAGGUUGUACUCGCUGAUGAGUAA